AUGGCGGAGCACAUUCCGGACCCGAGGAGCGUGAGCCAGAACUUGACCCUGCACAAGACCUGGCUCACACCGAGAGAGAUCUUCCCCGCCAAGCACACAGACAUAAACAUCAACAGCCUAAUGUGGGAGCUGGAGCAGUCUGAUGUGCUCAAUGCCAUCCUGGACGUGAGACUGACACCAGAGCUGCCGACAGGCAGGAAGCAGCCCAGUACCGUGGUGCAGGUCGCCUGGUCGCCUGCCGGGUUCCUUCCUCUCUCCAGGCAGGAAGCAGCCCAGUACCGUGGUGCAGGUUGCCUGCCGGGUUCCUUCCUCUCUCCAGGUAACCACCUGCCCUCUCAUUGUCACCAGCACAGUGUGUUCCUGGACAUGAGGCUCACUGUGGAGCUACUGACAGGCAGGAAGCAGCCCAGUACCGUGGUGCAGGUCGCCUGCCGGGUUUCCUUCCUCUCUCCAGGCAGGAAGCAGCCCAGUACCGUGGUGCAGGUCGCCUGGUCGCCUGCCGGGUUCCUUCCUCUCUCCAGGUGUGCGUUGGCGACAGUGAGCAACCAUGGCUCCGUUGCGCUCCACGAAGGAAACGGGCUGUUCUGGCGGGAGCUGGUGAACCUGUCGGAGCGGUACGUGGAUCUGUGCAGGGACGCCUGGUCCAAGCCGAGUCCCCUCACGCAGUAUAAGUACCAGCAGCACCGCAAGCGCACUGCCCAGCUGGUCAGCACAAGCGUGUGCUGGGGCGCGCUGGCGGACGGCCGUGCCCUGCUCGCGUGCGGCCAGCUGUGCGGGGACGUGCUCGUGUGGAAGGUGCCGGCCCCGCCCCCCGGCUGCCCCCGGCUGCGGCCGGAGCUGCUGCACACCGUGGCUGCCGAGACGGGCCUCGGCAAGAUCGAGUGUUUGGCCUGGUGUCCGCUGGGAGACUGCGCUGGCCUACUGCUGGCGGGCGGCUACAACGGGCGCGUGAGCAGCUGGCGGGUGCGGGAGGGGGAGGGGGGCCUGGAGUGUCGUGAGCAGGCCGUGUGGCCCCACGAGGACCGCGUGGCCGUGCAGUGGCUGACUCCCCUGCCGCGCCCCAAGCCCGCCGUGCUGGCUGCCAAGGGCACGCACCUGCUGCUGCUGCUGUUCGACGGCGGCGGCGCGAAGCUGAGCGCGCUGCCCCGCCCGGUGGGGGGCCUCGAGGUCACUGGCGUGGUGGUGCUGGACCACCGGACGGCUCUGGUGGCGACGCAGUCGAGCCGCCUCAGCGUGCUACGGCUGGGCGACGUGCGAGCGGGGGAGACCUCGCUGACGGAUCUCCCGCUGGACAAGAACACCAGCCACUGGUCCAUGUGCGGCCUCACCGCUUCCCCUUCUAGAAAGCUGUUUGCCGUCUGCUGCCGGUUGUGCAAAGCGUAUGAUCAUUUGGUUCAUCGUGAGUCUGCGCAAAUUUGUUUCUUGAAGCAACCUGAAAAUAUUGAUGACUUGAUGUCUGCUAUCUUAAGUAACAAAGACCAAAAACUGACAAACUUUUGGGAACACUUGGAAGUGAUAAGGCUGCAGUGUGUGAUGGACGGCUGUGUUCCCGGCGUGCAGUUCGCCACGGAGAAGCACAGCCUGGAAGAGUACACGUCCUACCAACUGCGAGUGGCGAUUGUUGUGCUCAACAUGGUGCUGGCACAGACCGACAGUCCAGACGCCAUCCAGCUGCUGAGGGACCGCGUGCAGCGCAUGGCCCUCAUGCUGCUGGUGCGGCACGUGUGCACGCGGAUGUCGCGCCUGGCGCGCCUGGCUGCUGACAAGACCCAGCUGGCCAGCCUGGGCACCAUGAGGCUGUGGUUGGCAGCCCUGCGGACACGGAGCGACUUGGAGGGCGAGAGGACCGCAGAACUGGUCAGCCAGGCCUGCGACUUGCCCAGCCUGGCCGGCGAGCUGCAAGAGGAGUUCUGCCACAUCUGCUGUGCCAAUAUCCUUUUCAGCGCUGCCACCACUCUCGUGGGGCUGUUUGAAGUUUACUGUGUCUGUUCAAGCAGUGUGUCACCUUCUGACGUGAUUUUCCAACAGGAAUAUGGACUUUUAAUCUCGAGUUGGGUGACACUUCGGCUGAGGAUUCGAUACUGCUUAAAACCCGUAAAAUAUGAAAACUACAGAGUUGAAGUAAAUAUAUCUCAGUAGAGCAGACUUUGUUCGUGGUCAUUACGUAUGACUCACCCGGUUAACAUUUGCAAUAAUGAUGUAAAGAGUUUUGGUGCAGAGAACCAAAUUGAAGUCAGUGAGAGCUGUAACUUUGAAAUAAUUUGAUGAUUUGCGUGAUUUAAACUUUAAGUUACUCGUGAGUGAGCAUUGAUUGGUGCUAGUUGAGUGUUGUUACUAUUGAGUUACUAACUUUGGUUUUGGAGCUAUUAAUCGCAAAAUAAAGAAAAUAAGCAAAACUAGAAGCACUUAAAAAUGUAGAGAAGUGUCGUAGGUAUCGAAUGAGGCAAAAAUUGCCGAUAGAAAUGAGCCAGUGGGGCAAAAUGAGUCUAUCAACGAGGUGCGAAAUCCACGCUCGUACGAGCCUUGCGUGAAGUGAGGAAGGAUGCAAAUACAUGUUUGGUAAUAGAUGUAGAUGGUUUCUCUGACCAUUCUGAUGUUGAUAUGGACUAUGGAGUCAGUUCAACAGUGGUUGUGAACGAUGGGCCGAGUUUGUUGCAGUUUUCCUGGCCUGACCGCCGGACCACCAAGUAAGAUGUUAAUAACAAAAAAUUAAGUUACUUCAAUUUUGUUAAAUUAUUUUAUAUAUUUCUUAACACAGCAGUUACGUUCAGUGCAAUAGAAAUUCUUGAAACAAACCAGCCUACCUAGAAUGAUUUUUAAAAUUAUUUGGGCCACUAAUUAUGAUUGUUUCUUUUAUUGACGUAUUACAGUUACUAAAUCAUAAAACACCUUUCCAGAAAUGUUACAUUAUCUUAGUGUUUACGCCACAAAUAUCUGUAGAAUUUACAUAAUUUUUGUUUUACUUUUAAAAAAUUAUUUUGUGAAAUGGUUUCCAAAAAAAAAAUUUGUAAUGUUACAAAAAUUUUUUUAAUGUGUGGGGCUGACACAAAUUCAGGUAGUAAGAGAAUGUCAGGCAAUGGUUUCGUUUGGUUCUCGUUCGUCACACGUAAUUCAAUGUUGAGUAAUAAUAUUUUUUUUUAAAUUUAUAUACAUUAACAGUUAUUUAUUUGGAUUUUAUUUCUCUCGCUUGUGUAAAUAAUUGAAUAUAUUUAAUUAUUUUAUUCAAAAAGAAAUUUUUUUAAAUAAUUUGAACUAUAAAGAGCUUACUUAAUCUGCGAUCCUUGACGGAGAGGGGUGUGCUCCUUGACUGCCAGCCACAGAGUCCGGUGGAUAACCACCUGCAGGUGAGCUGCCCGGGCGGCCAUUCUCUGCCUCGCUGCUCGCUGAGCCUGCUGCCGUGCCACAGCGUGCCGUACCUCGUGUGUCGCACCUGCGGGGCCCUGGCUCGACACGACUCGCACUGGCCGGACGAGGAGGCACUGUGCGUGUACUGCGACAGGCACUUCGUGAUCGACGAGAAGAUCAGGACCGCGAUGGUACCGUCCUCUUCAGAGCUUAACCCACCACUUGAAGAACAAGGACUAGUGGAGGACUUCAAAGAUGAAUAAAGUUUGUGAUAUCAGGCCCUGCA